GUUUUUACAGGGACGAAGUCAAUUAAUUAAGUGUAAAAACCUUUCAUCGAAUGAAGGCAGAUCCAUUUUUAACCCUUUUCUGUGUUUCGGUUUCCCUGAGUGAUAUCGUCUGGUAACGUAAAAGGAUGGGGGCAAAUGAAGAGAAGAAGGAAAAAUGUGGGACCAUCUGCCUGAAAUAUCUCCUUUUCACAUUCAAUUUUCUGUUUUGGCUUGCAGGAGUUGCAGUGAUGGCUGUGGGCAUCUGGACAGUAAUUGAAAAGAGCGACUACAUUAGUCUGCUGUCCUCAAAGAUUUAUGCUGUCUCUGCUUAUAUACUCAUCAUGGCAGGGGUGAUUGUCAUGAUUACUGGAGUUUUAGGCUGCUGUGCCACCUUCAAGGAACAAAGACGCCUACUGAGAGUGUAUUUUGUUUUACUGCUGUGUAUAUUUCUGCUGGAGAUCCUGGCUGGAGUUUUGGCCUACAUUUAUUACCAACAGCUAAAUGACGAACUGAAAGAGAACCUGAGGGAGACAAUGGUUCAGAAAUACAAUCAGUCUGAGCAGGAGCAUGUAACUAAGGCUGUGGACAAGUUACAGCAGGAGUUCAAAUGUUGUGGCAGUAACAGCUCAUCUGAUUGGGUGGACAGUGCUUGGAUCCGCUCUAGUGAAGCUGAUGGUCGAUUGGUUCCUGACAGUUGCUGUAAGAGUCCAGUCAGAAAGUUCUGUGGUCGGAGAGACCACCCCUCAAAUAUAUAUAAAGUAGAGGGUGGUUGCAUCACAAAGCUGGAGAACUUCAUUCUGAAUCACUUACAGAUCAUUGGUGCAGUUGGGGUGGGCGUUGCCUCUGUGCAGAUUGUUGGCAUGUUUUUCACCUGCUGCCUAUACAGGAGUUUAAAAUCAGAGCCAUACUGAAGAGUGACAGCUCAAAUACUUCAUAGAUCACCCUAUAUUGUGUUUCUUUUCUGUUGUUGUUGUUGUUGUUUGGUGAAUUUCUACAAAAGAAAUUAUUGAGGCUUUAGACCAUCUUCUAACACUUCCAACAACACAAGAGAAUAUUUCUUACAUAUCCAGUAAUAAAUAUAGAUUAUUACAUUUGUAUUAACUUUUAAGUACUACUGAUCAUCAGAGUUCAUUUUAAAACCCUUUUUAUAAUUGUUUUUGAUGAUUUUUCAUAAUUUAGUAAGUUAAACCAGAUUGUACUGUAUUUUAUAUAUGAAACCUUUGUAUGUACUUUUUUGUUUGUCAAAAUAUAAAUCUUCUUUCACAA